AAUAUGACCAUAGUCUCAAAUGAUCCCACUUGGUGGCUGUCCAUCAGUGCGAAUCGUUUUUCCAGCUAUUUUGUAGUUGCCGCUUUCAUUGUAAUAACAUAUGAUUGGGCACUAACAUUUGGACAAGAGGUCGAAUUGGUCUGGGUGAGUACAGUCUCAUGCCAGAGGAACAUACAUGAAAGUACACUUAUUUACAGAGGCAAUGUUGGUCCCUAAUGACAGUGAUGUAUCUCAGUGUGCGCUACCUUGGGAUCCUAUCCGCUGCGUAGGAUAAUCAGUCUGUCCAUGGUAGUAUCAGUCUCUCGCUGACAGAUACAG